AUGGCUCCUAUCACCAAGACUCUAGCCCUUGCUGGCGCUUUCUUCGCCUUGACUGGCUACUCUGCCCCCGUCGCUAAACGCGCCGUCGUUUGGGAGACCGUCACUGAUAUCGUCUGGACCACCGUCGAUGUCACCACCACCGUCUACCCCCAGGCCACUCACACUGCUACUGUCGUCCCUAUGGUCGCCAACGCCGUCCCUACCACCACCGCUGCUCCCGCUGUUGAAGCCCCUAUCAAGGAGCAGGAGAAGGCUGCGCCCACCACCACCUCCAGCACUACCACUACCGCUGCCGCUGUCCCUACUGUUGAGGCUCCUGUUAAGAAACAGGAGGCUGCGCCAACAACCACCACUGCCGCUCCCGCUCCCACCGUGGAGGCCGAGACCUCCGCUCCCGCUCCCGUCGUAGAGGCUGCGACCUCUUCCGUCGCUGCCCCUGCUGCCACCCCUGCCGCCAACACCGAGUCCACUAUCAAGAGCGCCCGCACCGGCCUCUGCUCCGAGGGCUCCCCUUGCGAUGGUGAGAUCACCUUCUACGACACCGCCACCACCACCACCAACCCCAGCUCCUGUGGCACUACCAAUGACGGUACCGUUGAGAACGUUCUCGCACUUCCCCACGGUAUCAUGGCCGACAGUGACUGCGGCAAGACCGUCACCAUCACAUACAAUGGCCAGACCGCCACCGGUAUUGUGGUCGACAAGUGCAUGGGUUGCGACAACGGCUCCGUCGAUCUGUCUCGUCACCUCUUCGGCCAGCUGGCCCCCAUGGACAAGGGCCGUGUCGAUGGUGCGAAGUGGUACAUCCACUAA